CCUCUCCCACUAUACUCGCACCUCCCGCUCUCCGCUGACUUGUCGGAGCUAAACCAAAGCCAUCCUCCGCCAGGGGAUCUAAUCUUCGGCAGAGCGACAAGGCAGGAGUGGAAAUAGAAGAGAGGGACACAGUCCGUACUGAAUGCAUUCACCACCGAAUCUCUGCGAGAACUAACUGCUGGAUCAUUUUUUUUUCACGGGAAUUAACUCCAGCAAGACCAAGAGAGCGCGGUGGAGAGAAGCGUGUUCCCAAUAGACCAAGCUCAACGGCGCCGAUCCAGCAAGGGUCAUUCCCUACAUCGAGAAACAGCUGCCGAUUGCACUCGUUCUGUUUUAUCGAGGGACAAGGAUUGCAAGGGGGAAGGGGAAGGCCAUGAGGGCGUUCGUGGGGCACUUGCUGGCCGUGUCCACAUUGUACCUGUGUGUCACAGCUGAAGAAAACAGCAGAAACAGGGUCCGCAAGCAGCGUUCUCUUGCGGGCAUGUGUCGCUAUGGGCUUCGAAUGGAUUGCUGUUGGGGAUGGAACCGCAGACCCUGGGGACAGUGCCAGCCUUUCAUCCCGUUUUUGCAGAGAAUAUGUCAAGUAACGUACCCUCUGAAAGCUGUGUGCCACCAUGGAUGCAAACAUGGAGAGUGCGUGGGACCAAAUAAAUGCAAGUGCUACCCAGGGUACACGGGCAAAACAUGCAGUCAAGAUUUUAAUGAGUGUGGAAUGCAGCCUCGCCCAUGCAAGCACCGAUGUAUGAAUACGUAUGGCAGCUACAAGUGCUACUGCCUGAAUGGCUUUAUGCUUAUGUCUGAUGGAUCAUGUGCAAAUAUGCGGUCAUGCGCUAUGGCAAAUUGCCAGUACGGCUGUGAUGAGGUGAAAGGAGAAAUCCGUUGCAGUUGUCCAUCUCCCGGGCUGCAACUUGCUCCAGACCGCAGGACCUGUGUGGAUGUCGAUGAGUGUGCUUCUGGCACAGCUACGUGCCCUCGAUUCCGUAAAUGCACUAAUACUUUUGGAAGCUACUUCUGCAAGUGCUACAAUGGCUUUGAUCUCCGUUACUAUAAUGGGAAAUAUCAGUGUCUAGAUGUUGAUGAAUGUGCAAGGAGGACACAUAAAUGCAGUGUCUUUGCUACCUGUCACAAUAUACCAGGCUUCUAUAAAUGCAAGUGUAUGAGAGGCUACAGGGGCAAUGGUUACAGCUGCACAGUUGACACAAAAUUCCCUACGUUUACAGACCCACCCCAUGGCAGAAACAAUGAAACUCUGAGUACUUUUUAUGUGGAAAACACCACCCCUACAGUGAGAAUGAAAACAACCACUGCGACCACACCAGUUGUUAACAGGAAUCCAGAGCUCGAAACAGAAAAGGCAGUCCUGACCACAAACCCAACCACAGUUAUAACAGCGGCAACAACAAUGGCAACAACAACCACAGCUUCAGCUGCAACCACAAUCAUAGCCACUCCGGUGGACAACAGGAUUCCGAAUGAGGUCCCACGGCAAAGAGGAGAUGUUUUCAUUCCACGUCAGCCUGGAGGGAACGGGGCUUUACUUGGCCUUGACAUUGAAAAGGGGAUUACCGCAGAAGAAAAUGAUGCAGGGGACGACCAAGAUAUUUUGGUGAACAGCUGUAACUUUGACCAUGGAAUGUGUGGAUGGACGCAAGAGAAACAUGCGGGACUUCACUGGGAGCGAGUCCGUGACCCAUCAGGUCAUGGUUGGUAUCUGAGUCUUUCUGUGUCUACCUACAAAAGAAGGGAAGCCGCCCAUCUUUUCUUUGCACUGGGGCGAAAGGCACACACAGGCAACCUCUGUCUGACCUUCAGGCACAAGUUAUCCGGAGACUCUCCUGGAAAGAUCCAGGUGUUUGUGAGGAAGAAUGGCAGUUACGGGUAUCCAAUGUGGGAAAGGAACAGAGGGCACGGCUGGAGGACAAGUCGGUUCACACUAAGAGGACCAGGUCUUGAAAGUGUCAUCUUCAAAGGAGUGCAAGAGAAGAAAAGAGGAAUCAUCGGACUGGAUGAUAUCAGUUUGCAAAAAGGGCACUGCUCUGGAAAGCCUUGGGGGCAGUAAAAAAGAGUGGGUUUCAUAUCUGAAAGGACAUCACAUCAUCUCCUCUGUCUGUAGGAGGACUGAAUGCAAGGGGAGAGGCAACUGACUGCAUUCUAUUUGACUCCUGGGUACAAGUUGUGCAAACAGUGUACGCUAGACACGGCCCUCCAAGGGCACAGGAGUUCAAACAAACUCCACAUUUCCAAUAAUCCUUAUCCUGUGUGCUUAUACAAUUAGUCUGCAAUCCAGUAAUAUUGAGGAAUGUGUCUGUGAAAUGUCUGUAACUAGAGGGGUGUUGUUUGAACAGCAGUUCUAAAUAAAUGACUCAUCAAUUGACUUGCUAUCAUAUUAGGUAGGAUUGUAGUACAAACUUAGUUUAAUGCCAACUGUCGACAUCCCAUGGAAUGAUUUCUGUAUAAUUGUUACUUGGCCUUGGUAUUUCUUACUGGAAGCUUCCUGGAGAAUUAUCCUGAUGAGUCUUGUCCCUCAGGUGAGAAAUUUCUCAUGUAACAUGAAACUUGAGUCCAGCAUUGCCAUGUUAGAAACUUCCACCUCUAAAGUGAACCGGAUCCUUGACAUGAAUGCAGUGUAAUGUGUCAGAUGUUUUAAGAGACUUCUGUCAGUACUCAACUCAAAUGAUCCCUGGUCCUCUCUCACUCUUUCCAGCCACUCUUGCCCUUACACUUUGCAGGACUAAGUCUUUCUUGUGGCCACCUUAUAUCGUAGUGCCCACCACCUCAUUAUAGGUUUGUAUUGGAGGACCUGUUAAAUUGCUAUCACUACCAUCUCAGCUUAAAGCUGAUAGUUGGCUCCUUGCACAGUCAGGUAUGAAGCAUGUUGUAACAAUGGGAAACCACUUAUUUCAUGUGGGUGGUCUCCUGCACUGCGCAUGGUCUCAUCCAGCUGUACUGUCAUGGACUGUGGCUUAAUAAUCCACGUUUCUCCCUCACAUUUUAGUCACUUAACUUGCAAAUUGGGAUGUCAUUGUGGUCUUUCCUUGAACACGUUCCUACAAUAUGCUUUUGCUUUUAAUUGUUUAGUAACUGACAUUGAACAACAACUAUAACCAUUCAAAAAUGUACUUAACUGUAAAUUAAUUCAUUAUGGUUUUAGAUGAUUGUCUCACUCUAUUUAAAAUGAGUUUCACAUUAACAUGAGCAUACACUUACUGAAAAUGUUUGUACGUCAAGGCACUCAAUGGUACUGUAUAAACACUGCAGGGAAACAGUUGUACUUUGACAAGCUUUUCAGGCAACAAUUGAGAAGUUUUGUAACAGUGACUAGGAUUGCAGUGUAAUCUAAUGGACAAUGUGCAGCUCAAUUCCUCUUUUUUUUAAGUGGUAAAUAUGCUCAUUAUAUUUUUAUAAUGUAGAAUUUAAAUAAAAGUUUUCUUUCGGCAGGAGUAAACCAAGCUGUCCAGACUACAGUGGUCCUUGUCUGGUCGCCAGGGUGCAGCAACCUACCCCAGUGGGCUUUGUUCAUACUUACUGUUAAGUAGUCUUCAUCACAACACGGGUAUUAUAGUAAAGGAUGCAACUAUCCUCCCUCUACUAUAGCCACCAAUUAUGAUAACGUAGAACAUAGAAAUCUACAGUCCAUUACAGGCACUUCAGCCCACAAUGUUGUGCCGACCAUGUAAACUACUCUAGAAACUGACUAGAAUUUUCCUACCGCACAGCCCUCUAUUUUCCUAAGCAUCAUAGCUCCAUGUACCUGUCUAAGAGAUUCUUAAAAGACCCUAUUGUAUCGGCCUCUACUACCGUCGCCGGCAGUGCAUUCCACAUACUCUCUGUGUGAAGAACUAACGUCUGACAUCCUCCUUGUACCUACUUCCAAGCACCUUAAAACUACACGGGGUACCCCCUUGUGUUACCCAUUUCAGCCCUGGGGAAAGCCUCUGGCUAUCCACAGGAUCAAUGCCUCUCAUCAUCUUAUAGAAAAACACAGAAAACCUACAGCACAAUACAGGCCCUUCGGCCCACGAAGUUGUGCCGAACAUGUCCCUAGCUUAGAAAUUACUAGGGUUACCCAUAGCCCUCUAUUUUUCUAAGCUCCAUGUACCUAUCCAAAAGUCUCUUAAAAGACCUUAUCAUAUCUGCAAAGACCCUAUCGUAUCUGCAAAUUUUAUUGUAUAUAGAAAUUUUAUCAGGUCACCUCUCAUUCCCCGUUGCUCCAAGGAGAAAAGGCCAAGUUCACUCAACCUAUUCUUAUAAGGCACGCUCCCCAAUCUAGGCAACAUCCUUGUAAAUCUCCUCUUGACAUAGCUGUAUGGUCAGUCCUUGUAUACCUGUGUCAUAUUGGCAUUUAUUGGCUUGUUUUGUAAUCCUUGUUAAACAACACCCAUAAGCAGCAUUGGGUGGCACUGUGACACUGUGUUUACAAUGGUGGCUAUAUUUUCUAGAGUUUUCACUCGUUAUUUCACAUAGUAAACAUUGUAGUCUGAAUAUACUUUUUGUACCCCAUAUCUUGCUGUCAUUCUGAUUACUUGACAUCUUCAGAUCCAUUUGGGGUGUGACCAUUUAACACAGGCAGGAAUGGCAUUUCUUUAUGAAGUUCAUGACAGUAAGUCAACUUAAGCCACCCAUUCAUUGGAAUGGAUUUCAAGUGCUGAUUUUGUAAUAAAAAAUGGACUUGUACACAAGUGCCUGCUCUUAAUAGUAUUAGACAUCACUGAUCUUUGAAUAAUAAUGCCCCUGAUAGUGCUCCACAGGAGGAAUCAUUGCAAAAAGGUAGUAAUUCUCCUGCCUGUCUGCUCUGUGACCCUGAGCUGGAAUUACCAAGAGUUAGACUGUUUUAAAUAGCUGAAGCUGGUGGUGUUUUUGACACUAUUAAGCUGCAUUUAGGGAUGUGGAUAGGAAAGCUUGGAAAAGGACAUGGGUGGGGCGGGGGGAGGGUUGGUGAGUAUAGGAUGGUCGCAGUUAGGAAGCAGUAUUGCAGCAGCAGCAGCAACCUGGGUUCAACCCCGCUGCUGUCUGUGAAGAGUUUGUACCUUCUCCCUGUGACCCUGCAGGUACUUUGGUUCCCUUCCACAUCCCAAAGACGUACGGGUUAGAACUGAGGAAGCUCAUUGAGUUAGUGAGGGUGGCUGGCGGCAGCCCUUCAGAGGCCUGCUUGUUCUUUGUGAACAGUUCUAAGGAAUGGAACCGUUCAAUAACCUAGGGACUGCUCGUAUAAGAAAGAUGAGGUAAAUGAUGAUGGAUUUCAUUCUUUGAUGGACACUAGUUGACCAGUUUGCCUUCUGACAUGGUUUUUGAAAACAACAUGAAUUUAAUUCUCAAGUUGUUAUGGUGCAAUGUUAUACUGGAUAUCAUAAAUCUUGUGAAUACCAGAAGCUGCAUUUUAACUGCAAGGCUCCAAAUUUUCAGCUCUCUUGUUUGCCUUUAUAUGGGAUUUCAGAGUGCAGGAUGAGGCCCUAUGGUGUCCCAUGGAUCUGACACGCCCAUUUGAACAAAGCAGCCAAUUAAUCCCAAACCACCCAAGUACUGCACAGAUUUACAAACAACAGCAGAUCCCCAAAAGCCAGGACGUGUGACUGAAUGAUUUUUUUGGUAUGGAAUUAAAUGGUUGAAUGAGCUGAAGAACAUGUAUAUUCUGCUCAAGCUAUAUAAAGUCUAUUACAUUAACUGAAUAUUAAUCAAAAAGAAGUUACCUAUUGUGCAAUCAUCAGCAUGUAAAGCUCAUGUCCUCCUAAAAAUGAAGUGAGAUUCGAAAAUAUUUUGUAUAUACCAUUAGCGAUGUUUGUUUAGGACAUUUUGUUAAUAUAGUAAACUAUUCCAAAGCACUUCACGGGAGUAGCGACCAAAUUUUAUCAGAAGCCAAAUCAGGAGGUAUUAGGACAACUGCUCAAAAACUUAAAUUAGAAGGUUCUAAAGAUGACAUAAAGGAGCAAAGUGGAUUGGCCCCUGGAGGAAAAUCUAGCAUGCCAUGCUGCUAAUAACCUGGUGGUUUUGAAGUAAAGGCAGUGCAAGCGAAUACACAACAGUACAAGUUUAAAACAGUUAUUCAGUUAGCUUUGUUUGAUAAUUAUGUGGUCAACAAUGCUAUCAAAUGAUUUCAUUAAACUCAAGACCCACACUCAGAAAAUCAGAACUUUUUGGACUGAUUCCUUGGGAACAACUAGUCUUGGGAACACAUUUAACAAAUUAAGCAAAAUUAGAAAUAAAUCCAACACUCAGUUAAGCUAACCAAAAAUUGUAGCUUGAGAGAUACAAGAAUCGAUGUGCUGAAUGAUUCUUUACCUCAACAAUUUUUGCAUCAAUAGUGAACAUAAAAGAGAAUUUCUAAAGAACUUAAGAAGGAGAAAGUUAGCUGUAGAGCAUUAACCACAUGAUAAAAAGUCAUAGACAUGAAAUGUUAAAAGUUUCUGCUUCUAUAAAUGCUGCCCAACCUGCUGACUAUUUCUAACAUUUUCCAUUUUUAUGUAAGAUUUCUGGCAUCUGCAGUUCCACUUGUUUUUUUUUUCAUUAUAAUUUAUUCUUUCCCCUCUAUGUUCUCCUUCCAUUUAUAGGUUUCACAAAAGUUUCAGAACCUUAGCUCAAAAUCUCUCAUUACUUGCAAACCAACCUAUUAAUCCAUGGAUUUUAGUGACUGAUAAAAGUAAUUGGAAGCUAAGGAAACUGCAACAUCAGAUCUAUAUUUGAAGGAGAGGAAUAUUUUGCAUUCACAUUCCUAAGUAGCAACUACUUUGUUGGUGAACUUACAUAGUUGGCAAAUGAUGGGCUUAUUGUUGUUUGCGUUUUAUUCCAUCCUUGCCUGCCUCUUCUUUUGUACUGAAUUUCUACUAUCAGUAGCUGCCUUUCCACUCAUUGCACACCAGAUCCCCAUUCUUUAGCUCAGUUUUUACAGAGUUAUAUUAGCACUGCAACUGGAUGCCAAGACAGGGAGGUGACUGCUUUCACUGAUGUUGAGGGAAGAACUGCUGUAAAGUGAAAGGCAAUGGACAGGGCCCGUUAAAAGUCAAGGUAGCAUGAAGCAGCUGGGAAAGAGGGUUCUGAAACUAGGGUGAAAUACAUGAAUUCAGUGGUGCAGUAAGAAUUGUAGGAAAUAGUGGAAUUGUAUAGGAGCACUCAGUGGAGAGCUAGAACAGUCUGGGAGAUGAACAUGUGGAGAACCAAAAAUCUUGGAGAAGACAAAACUAGUAGAUAGAGGGAAGAUUUUGUAACACAAAAGAUAAUGGGAAAAUUUCUGUGUACCUUUGUGACCAUUUGUGGAAUGACUGUUGUCUGCUUGCACAAUGAUAAAAGUGAAAUAUCUCUAAAAAUGUUGCAAUAUCAUCAUCAUAUGCCAAUUAUCUUUUGUUUGGAUUAUGUUAGCCCUUGGCAAUGAGUAUUCAUUAUGGUGGACUUUAUUUAAAUAAAAGUUCCAUUUCUCUAUAAUUUAAAACUCUUAAUGGCAUCCAACUUAAUUUUAUGACUUAAUAUUGGAUUAUCUUGGAAUGUAAUGAGAUACAGGAUUUUUGUUGGUUGAAAUCUUCCCAACCACUAAAGUCUGGCUAACUGGCCUAUAAUUUUCCUUCUCCCUCCCUUCUUAAAGAGUGGAGUGACAUUUGCAAUUUUCCAGUCCUCAGGAACCAUUCCAGAAUCUAAUGAUUUUUGAAAGAUCAUUACUAAUGCCUCACAAUCUCUUCAGCAUUUCACAGGUCGGGAAGACAUUGGAGCCCAUUAUUGAGCAUGAGGUUGAGGGGUACUUAGAGGCAUAUGAUUUUUAAAAAAAGCCAAAGCCAGCAUGGUUUCCAUCAGGGGAAAUCAUGCCUGAUAAAUUUGAUGGAAUUCUUUGAGGAAAUAACAGCCAGGAUAGAUCAAAGGAGAGUCAGUGUACAUUGUUUACUUGGAAUUUCAGAAAGCCUUUGACAAGGUGCUGCACAAGAGGAUGCUUAACAAGCUGAUGGUAUUAGAGGAAAGAUACUGGCGUGGAAAGAAGAGAAGCUGACUAGCAGGAAGCAAAUAAAGGGGGCCUUUCCUGGUUGGCUGUAGGUGACUAGUGGUGUUCUGCAGGGGUCAUAUUGGGAUUGCUUCUUUUCAUGUUAAAUGUCAAUGAUUUUGAUGAUGGAAUUGAUGGCUUUGUGGCCAGGUUUAUGGGUGAUAUGAAGAUAGGUGGAGGGGCAGGUAGUGUUGAGGAAGCAGGGAGUCUGCAGAAGGACUUUGAUGGGUGGGAAAAUGGGCAAAGAACUGGCAGAUGGAAUAUAGUGUAGGGAAAUGUAUUGUUAUGCACUUUCGUAGAAGGAAUAAGGCAGUAAUGUAUUUUCUAAAUGGGGAAAAAAAUUCAAAAAUCUGAUGUACAAAUGGACUUGGGAGCCCUUAUGCAGGAUUCCCUAGAGGUUAACUUGCAGGUUGAGUUGGGGACAAGGAAGGCAAUUGUAAUCUUAGCAUUCAUUUCGAGAGGACUAGAAUAUAAGAGCAAGGAUGUAAUGCUGAGGCUUUACAAGGCAUUUAGUCAGAGUGCACUUGGAGUAUUGUGAGCAAUUUUGGGCCCCUUAUCUAAGAAACGAUAUACUGGCAUCGGAGAGGGUCUAUAGGAGGUUCACGCGCUUAUUCCAGGAAAGAAAGGGUUAAUGUAUGAGGAGCGUUUGAUGACUCUGGUCUGUACUCACUAGAGUUUAGAAGAAUGAAGGGGAUCUCCUUAAACCUAGUCUAAUCAUGGGACUAUUUACGAUGACCUAAUAACCUACCUGUUUACGACUGUGGAAGGAAACUGGAGAGCUAGAGACAACCCAUGCACUCCAUAGGGAGGACGUACAGAGACUCUUUACAAAAUGGCACCAGGGUUGAACUCCGAACACCCAAGUACGUUCUGAGCUGCAAUAGUGUCACGCUAACCACUAUGCUACCAUGGUACCCUAUAAAGCAGAGGUUGAUAGGUUCCUUAUUAGUUAGGGCACCAAAGGUUAUGGAGAGAAAGCAGGUGAAUGGGGUCGAGAGAGAUAAUAUAUCAGCCUUGAUGGAAUGGCGGAGUGGACCCAAUAGGCCAUAUGUUCUAAAUCUGCUCCUAGGUCUUAUGGUCUUAUUUCCAGAUCCUUUCUUCUACCUUACUCCUCAGUGCCCUACUGCUCACCAUACAAGUUCUACCCUGAUUUGUCCUCCCAUAGUGCAAUACUUCACAGUUGGCCGCAUUAAAUUUCAUUUUGAAGACCAAAUGACAGAACCUUUUUGACAAAUCUCCCAUGCUGGACCUUGCUGAAGUCUAUGUAGACAACAUCUACUGCCUUGGCUUCAUCAACUUUCCCGGUAACUUUCUCAAAAAACUCCAAGAUUGGUUAGACAUGACCGACUCCACAGAAAGCCAUGUUGGCAAUCCCUAAUCAGUCCCUGUUUAUCCAAAUACCUACGUAAUCACUCCCUUAGAAUACCUUCCAAUAACUUACCCACUACUGAUGUCAAGCUC